UACAUACAUUUCACUCUUUCAGUUCCAUUUUAAUUCUUUGAUGCGUAGUUACAAUUAUUGCAGGCGUUUCGAGCUUAAGACAGCCAAGAAAUGGCAGAGAAAAAUGGUGGGUCGGUUUCAAAUGGGCUGAAGAGAAAGAGACCGCCCCGAAUUGAGAUCCCAAAUGUUCUGCGCGAAGUUUCUACUGAUACUUUCAAGGGAUGCGGCGGCGGCGGCGCACGGGAGAAAGGUGACGGUGGUGCAGCUGUUGUGUGCUUUGCUGAUUCUGGGGUCGGUGUUUUUUCCUUAAAGGGCAAGAAAAAAUUCAUGGAAGAUUCUCACAAGAUUCUUUCUUCUUCUUCUUCCAAUGGUAAUAAGGGAUUCUUUGGGGUAUAUGAUGGGCAUGGAGGAAGCAAGGCUGUAGAGUUUGUUGCAGAGAAUUUGCAUCUGAACAUUUUCGAAAAUUUGGACAAUAUUUCCGAAAAGAAAGCAAAGGAAGAAGCUGUUAAGGCAGGGUAUUUGAAAACUGAUGAACAAUUCUUGAAACAGGGCAUCGGUAGCGGUGCUUGUUGCGUAACUGCUCUGAUCGAAGAAAAAGAAAUGGUGGUUUCGAAUUUGGGAGAUUGCAGAGCAGUUUUGUGCAGGGGUGGUGUGGCUGAACCUCUUACGACCGAUCAUAGACCAACUCGAGAAGACGAACGAAGCCGAAUUCAAGAUAAAGGUGGAUAUGUGGAGAUUCAUCGGGGGACUUGGAGAGUUCACGGAACUCUAGCAGUUUCUAGAAGCAUCGGAGAUUCUCAUCUGAAAGAUUGGGUUUCGGCGGAACCCGACACCAAGGUUGUUUGUCUAACAUCAGAGAUGCAAUAUCUUGUCUUAGCAUCUGAUGGACUUUGGGAUGAGGUCAGCAAUCAAGAAGCGGUAGACGUCGUGAUUCGUUCGUGUUCUUCAGACAGCAACAAGAAACAACUCGUUACAUCAAACAGGAGAUUUCGACAGGAAAGAAGUGAAGAUUGUGAAAACCGAAGCCCGCCUCCGUCUAAGUAUCGAAGAAUUACAGUGGCGAAAAAAACGAAGAUCAAGAACCAUUUUUCGACCAAUGAGAACCAAGUCUUGAUCGAGAAAUCGGGUGGGCUAAUGGCUGCUUGUAAGGAGCUUGUUAGUCUUGCUGUCAGUAGGGGCAGUUUGGACGAUAUUACGGUAAUGAUAGUCGAUUUAAACCAUUAUCGAGGUUUAUAAAACUAACCACGUCGAUCCAAAUGUAUAUUACUUGAAGACAAGAUCCAUUAAAG